AUGUUGCUGACAUCCGCAACUCGGAUGAUCCUCUCACUCUCUGUCGUAUGGGCACUCCUCUUCGCAAAUCGAAUUGCUGCAUCCUCAGGAAACUUGUUCACCACAACCAUCUCCUGCCCCAGGGCGUCCUUCUUGAUGCCUCCUCCACCGUCAAGCAGCGCCCAUCUCCUCUUCUGGGCCGUGUAG